UAUAUAUAUAACUCAAGACAUCAUCACUUAAGACAUUAUCACUAUUCAAGACAUUAUCACUACUCAAGACAUUAUCACUACUCAAGACAUUAUCACUAAUUCAAGAGUCAUAUAAACUGUUGAAACAAACAAAACAAAAAAAGUUUUUAAAUACUUUUGAAGACAUCAAUCAAUCAAUUGGUUAAAGACAUCACUAUUCAAGACAUUAUCACUACUCAAGACAUCACUACUCAAGACAUCACUAUUCAAGACAUCACUACUCAAGACAUUAUCACUAAAUCAAGAGUCAUAUAAACUGUUGAAACAAAUAAUACAAACUAAAAAAGUUUUAAAGACAUCAAUCAAUCAAUCCAUCAAUUGUUAAGACAAUAAUGGACUCGACAUCAAUCAUCGAUACCAUUGGCUAUCUAGCGGUCAGAUUGGCCAUAAUCGGUACAAAAUCGGCACUGGUCUACACCAUACUGGCCACUUGUCAUCAGGGCCUCGAGGACGACCGACACGGUUCGGUCAAUCAACGUAGCGCUGUCUAUCAUCGUAUUAUUUCGCUACUGUUCCUCGGGUUGACCAUCGUUGGCCUAUACGGUGUCUAUACCAGUCAUUUGGGCCUAUUUUUUACAUGGUUUCUCUUGAGACCUAUUGUCUAUAUAUUGGAUCUGGAAAGUAGUCUAUGGACAGCCAUUGCUAUGUCGUUGAUAGCAUCGGGCGGUACCCUAUCCUAUGUUACCUAUGAACCUAUAGCAGCAUUGCUGGGCCAAUUAGCUUAGCUAACCUAUUAUUUAAGCUACCGAUACCCCAUAGACACCAUAGAUAGUCAUCCCAAUAGA